UGCAGCACUCUCAGAAAACAAACUUCUUUCUCAUAAGGACUGUUGACAACUGGAUUAAUUUUGUACCUAUAAUAUAUUUUUUUCUUUUUUCGGAUUACAAAAUGACAAUAAGAUCGGACCGAGACCAUGGACAACAUUAUAGGCCACGGAUGAAUUGCCUUAAAAAGCUGGAGGCCAUAGUGGUUCAAAUGCAAGACCCAUCGACUGGAGUGAAGGGAUCAGAUCAGAAGCUAAACGUUACAACCAUUCCUCAUGUCAUGACUGACCAGGACAUUAUUGCAUGGAUCGCUAAACAUAUGAGCAUGGAGAAUGAUGAGGCUCAAGCAUUUGGUACAAUGUUAGUGGCAUAUGGAUACAUCUACCCUCUGCAGAACCACAAAAAACUUGUCCUCAAGUCAGAUGGCAGUUUGUAUCGCUUUCAGACCCCUUAUUUCUGGCCUGUGCAGAAGUGGAUCGCUGAGGACAUCGACUAUGCAAUCUAUCUGGCAAAAAGAAAUAUUAGAAAAAAAGGAACGCUUGAUGCUCAUGAACAGGAGGAAUACGACAAACUCCACAAAUGGAUGAACCACAAAUGGGAUUUUAUUGUGAUGCAAGCUAAAGAGCAGUACCAUGCUGGGAAGGCACGUCAGAAAGCAGACAGAGUUGUGUUUGACUGUCAGGAAAGAGCAUACUGGAUAGUCCACAGGCCUCCACCACAAACUCACAGCGCUAUGGAUUAUGGCCUGGAUCGUCAUAUUGACCCUAAUACAGAGGAGAAAAAAAACUUUGAUUACUACAGAAGAAUCAACAUUUACACACAACAGGCCAUCAUGAGGUCAAGGGUCAAGUCUUCAGUAUCUCUCGGAGCCAUGCUAAAGUAUAUAACAAACUUCAAUAACCAUGACCCGUUCCUAGUUCCCAGCCUUCCUAGCAAUCCCUGGCUGACGGAUAGUGACUUGUACUGGGAGCUGAACACAGAUGAUAUUGAAGUUCCCACAAAGAUGAGAGUGGAGCGCUGGUCUUUCAGCUUCUACGAGCUGCUCAAUGACCCACGAGGCCGUGCAGACUUCAAGGUCUUCCUGAAGAAAGAAUUCAGCGGUGAGAAUCUAGCUUUCUGGGAAGCCGCUGAAGAGUUGAAAUUUGGCUCAGCAAAUACAAUGUCAGAAAAAGCUGAACAAGUUUUCAAAACGUUUUUGGCCCCAGGAGCUCCACGCUGGAUCAACAUUGAUGGCAGGACAAUGGGUCUUACUGUAAAAGGACUGGAGCAUCCUCACCGCUAUGUGCUGGAGGCGGCACAGACUCACAUCUUCAUGCUCAUGAAGAAGGAUACCUUUUAUCGCUACUUGAAGUCACCAGUUUAUAAGGACAUACAGAAAAAGGCCAUUUCACCUGCACCACACAAUUUCACUGAAGCGCAGCUGGAGCAGAACAUGAGGAACCGGCGGCCGAGCAUCAGCCCCAUCAUCACCUACCAGAAGGAGCAGGAGGAGAAAGCAAAGGCUGCGGCCGCAGCAGGACCCAUCGACAUCAAAAAACUAAUGGCCAGCAAACUAGACCGCAAAUAGGAGACUUUCUGCGAAUGCUUUACCUACAAUCUGACAAAUAAUUAUAAUUUUAAUGUAAAAAAAGAUACCCAGAAAUGGUUUAACAGGAUAGUUUGCCAAAUUUGGCAAUCUAGU